AACCCAAAAUCCAUCAAUCUGGAGAACAAACUGCCCGAACACGGGAAGCAGCUUUGCUUUCUCGCCCUGGAGGUUUCCGCCGGUGAGGCAGAACGAGCGCUGCCAAGAACCCGGGACCCACCUGCAGUCAUGGAGAGCAGCAUGCAGCUCCUCAACCGGGACGGCCACAGCAUCUCCCACAACUCCAAGAGGCACUACCACGACGCCUUCGUCUGCAUGAACCGGAUGCGGCAGCGGGGUUUGCUGUGUGACAUCGUCCUGCACGUGGCCACCAAGGAGAUCAAGGCGCACAAAGUGGUGCUGGCGUCCUGCAGCCCCUACUUCCACGCCAUGUUCACAAAUGAAAUGAGCGAAAGCCGGCAGACUCAUGUGACGCUGCACGACAUUGACCCGCAAGCGCUGGAGCAGUUAGUCCAGUAUGCCUACACCGCUGAGAUUGUGGUGGGAGAAGGGAACGUGCAGACGCUGCUUCCCGCUGCCAGCCUCCUGCAGCUGAACGGGGUGCGGGACGCCUGCUGCAAGUUCCUCCUGAGCCAGCUGGAUCCGUCCAACUGCCUGGGCAUCCGAGGCUUCGCAGACACGCACUCCUGCAGCGAUCUGUUGAAAUCGGCCCACAAAUACGUCCUGCAGCACUUUGUGGACGUCUCCAAGACGGAAGAGUUCAUGCUUCUCCCUCUUAAGCAGGUUCUGGACCUCAUUUCCAGCGACAGCCUGAAUGUGCCCUCUGAAGAAGAAGUUUAUCGGGCUGUCUUGAGCUGGGUCAAGCAUGACGUGGACAGUAGGAGGCAGCACAUCCCCAGGCUCAUGAAGUGUGUCCGGCUGCCUCUUCUGAGCCGGGACUUCCUGAUGAGCAACGUUGACACGGAACUGCUCGUGAGGCACCAUUCGGAGUGCAAAGACCUUCUGAUUGAGGCCCUCAAGUAUCACCUCAUGCCGGAGCAGAGAGGAGUCCUCAGUAACAGCAGGACUCGGCCCCGGCGCUGUGAAGGAGCCAGCACUGUUCUCUUCGCUGUGGGUGGGGGAAGCCUUUUUGCCAUCCAUGGUGAUUGUGAGGCCUACGACACCCGCACAGACCGCUGGCAUAUGGUAGCUUCCAUGUCCACCCGCCGGGCCAGGGUGGGCGUCGCUGCCAUUGGGAACAAGCUGUAUGCCGUGGGCGGCUAUGAUGGAACCUCUGACUUGGCUACGGUGGAGUCAUACGAUCCUGUCACCAACUCCUGGCAGACCGAGGUUUCCAUGGGAACCAGGCGGAGCUGCCUAGGUGUGGCGGCUUUACAUGGUCUCCUCUACGCAGCUGGAGGAUAUGAUGGAGCAUCCUGUCUCAACAGUGCCGAAAGGUACGAUCCCCUAACAGGAACCUGGACUUCGAUUGCCGCCAUGAGUACCAGGAGGAGAUACGUCCGGGUGGCAACAUUAGAUGGCAACCUGUACGCUGUUGGGGGCUACGACAGUUCGUCCCAUUUGGCCACUGUGGAGAAAUACGAGCCGCAGAUAAACACGUGGACUCCGAUUGCUAACAUGCUGAGUCGUCGCAGCAGUGCUGGCGUGGCUGUGUUGGAAGGGAUGCUGUAUGUGGCGGGGGGCAAUGACGGGACCAGCUGCCUUAACUCGGUGGAGCGCUACAAUCCUAAAACCAACACUUGGGAAAGCGUGGCAUCAAUGAAUAUCCGGAGGAGCACCCAUGACUUGGUGGCCAUGGACGGGUGGCUGUACGCAGUGGGCGGCAACGACGGUAGCUCCAGCCUCAACUCCAUUGAGAAAUACAACCCCCGCACCAACAAGUGGGUGGCCGCGUCCUGCAUGUUCACCCGGCGCAGCAGCGUGGGCGUGGCCGUGCUGGAACUUCUCAACUUCCCGCCCCCUUCCUCGCCCACCCUGUCGGUGUCCUCGACGAGUCUUUGACAAAGAGUCCGAUCGCGCCUCACCACGAGGGGACUGCAGCAUCUGUCGGAGUGCAAAGCCAGCUUGGCCUGACCCCAGUGGCAGCCACUCCCUGUGAAGAAAGGGAUGGAGAGCGUUGAUGCCGUACUCAAGAUCUUUCAAGUCAUUUGACCCGACAGGAAGUUCGUUCCUGGCCAUUGCGGUGCAGCUCCAAGAAGGGAUCCCGGACUGCGCUUCCUUAAAGGCGAGAGCCCCUUCGGCAAACGAAGACCUCGGCCGCCUGGCUUUCACCAUCUACUCCAUCCUAGCUCCACCUAAUUUUUGUCUGGUAUCUCAGACCAGUCUCGAUUAUUAUCUCCUGUUUCCACCUCUGGAUGUGACCUCUGGCUCCACCUUGCGCAGUGGAGCUUUAAAAAGAUGCAGGAAGGAAACGCAAAAAACACCCCGGAGAAGGGACUUUUCCUUGCAGGCUGUGUUGGGCAGCUGAAUGUAAGCUGUGAAUGUCACACCAUUAGCCAAAACUUCUUACCGAGCCUAUAGCGCACUGUUAAAAAGACCUGCAGAGGUGACGCCUCUCUCGCUGGUGUCUAUUGAAAGGGAUGCCUUAAAAUAAAUAAAUAAAUAAAACAGGGCUGGAGGGGGAACAACGACAUCACAUCGCGAGACCUCUAAUGUUCUUUGUGGUCCCUCAUCCUGUCGACCUGAUUUGUGUGCCGCCUGUUCUGACGCUCCUCAGCCCUCUUUGGGGGCAUCGGUUUGGGGGCAUCCACCAAAAUUCUGGCUCCUGUAUUUAACGCUUCUUUUUCCUCAUUGGAAAGGAGCCAGCCUGAGAUGUGAAUUGCUCUCCCCACCCUCCACCCACCCCCCAGGACUGCUCUGAGUUCCUACUUUGAAGAUGAUGAAAGCGUAACAGGGUGGAGCAGGAGUGCUAAAAACUGCACAUUCGCCGUUAGUGACUCUUGACUUCUUUUUUUUGGCUUUGUCGUUUACAAUCAUUGACAAGUCGUUUUAUUUAUUUUUGUUGCGUUUUCAGACAAAUCUGGUAUUCUCGUACCGCCGUUCGUGCUCCUUUUUUUUUUAUUUAAGUGGAAAGAGAGAAAAGCCAAAUGAGGCAAUUUUUUUUUUGUUCGAAACGUGUACAUAUUUUGCCAGCGAGUGUAAUCCAUGUGACGAAAAAAAGGAAAAUUUGGUACAAAAGCGCCAUUGAAAUGAAUUGGGAGGAUGGGGGGGGGGGGCGCACAGAAAUCUAGCAUUCCCUCUGCAAUGAAUGGGGGCUAUGUGCAGUGAACCCUCACGAGCUCGUUUCCUUUCAGAGGGGUGGUAUUCCGUUCCUUUUCAUGUCCUGUUUCUCGCAUAACUCCUAAUCAAUUCAGCGGCGCUCGAAUAAGAGGAAUUCCUUACAGACCACAACUGGUAUAGCUGACUUGGAAGGAUUUUCUUUGCAGAAGUGUGCAUGCGUGUGUGUGUGUGAGAGAGAGAGAGAGAGAGUGAGAGCAUGUGAAAAUGUCAUGUGCAUUUCAGAAGAACCUGCACUGAAGGCACAGUCUGAUACCAGGCCGAGGGUCCCUCACCUUGACCCACCGCUUGAACGUAACAAAACACGAUCCACUUGCAUUUGUACUGUAAAGCCAAGCGUUCCGUUCUCCAAGACCCACCUACCUACACCAUGAAGAAACCUCUCUCUGGAGGGGGGAGGAGGGUGGCUCCUUACAGACACUGUUUCACUUCAUUAUGCACCGUGUGUGAUUUAUGUACAGUUGACAGCUUGGGGUUGGGGUGGGGUUGGGGGGCUUCAUGACAAGCCAUUCUGAGUUCAGCGACAGCCAUUGCAACGGAUCAAGCUCUCGUACCUCAAAUAGCCUUGGGCGCGAUUGUUCUUUUUUGGACCCUUUAUGCAGCUCUGAUCUGUUCUUCGAAGUCUAUCUCUGUUUUCUUCUCCCCCGUCCAUCGUCAGUUCAGUUCCACUUGUGGCAAUAAUGGGCUUCUCUUCGCAAAAAACCCCCCUCCAAACCCUAGUUUGUAAAUGAUAAUCCUGUUUCUCCUGCAUGUGUUUACAUCAAUUACUUGUGGUACACUUUCAGGCUUGUCUUCAGCAUCUUGAGAAGGGUUCAGAAUGGCGUAGGCUGCUGGCUUUCAUGGUGCAAGCCAUGAAGUAUAGGGUCACAGCCAUGGUCCGGAUGGUUGCUUCCUUUGCCUCAUUGGUAAUGAUGGAAGGAAGGGCCGUGCUGAUGAGAAAGGGUGGGCAGUGCCAAGGAGCACCCAAUCUGGCCGGGUAAGGGUGUGCCAAUUCCCUUUUUCAUCCAGGCAUGGAACUUGCUUGCCGUCAUGCUGAUUUAUGGCGCUAUUGGGCAAGUCCUGAAAGGUUUUGAAAAUCAGCCUGUUUCUAUAAAGCCUUUUUUUUUGUUUUUUAAGUAACUCCUGUCCUUUGAUAUAUGUAGUUCGUCGUUAAAUGCUCCUAACCCACCGAUAGAGGAAUGGGGGCAUGCAGUUUGCAGGAAAGGUGCUUCUCCAGGUAUCUCGGUCUGAGCACUUCAUAGAACACCUCUGCCUACAAGUUUAGCCAGAGCUUUGCCUGCUGCAAUAUAUGUUAGGAGGAUAGAGUUGAUUUUUCAAUUAGUGCCUUCCGUUGCCUUUUUUGUUGUUGUUGCUGUUGUCAUUUGUGGUCAAGGUACAGUUUAACCCAUGCAACCACAGCCUGUCUGGUAUUAUUUUUUCUUGUUGACCUAUUUUCCGAUUAUCUUUUCUGCAUCUGCGAUGCCCACAAGGAAGAAGGAAAUUGCUGAUGCGACUGAACUGUUGCAGGGAUGGGUCUGUUCUGGUUGAAUCUUCAAGUGCUUAUCUGGGCUGCUUCCCAUUCUAAAGAUCCCUUUGGGUCCAGGUUUGCAUCUGACAGACGGCUCCGAAGAUUGUGACCAGCAUGGGCCGUUAAAGUUCAGACAGCGGUCCCUCCUGAGGGAAAGGGUGUCUGUGUCCGUCUUUGGAAAGUGGAGUCAGAUCAGCAAAGAAUGUGAAAAGUAGUCACUUCUAGCAGGUCGCAGCACCUGUUGAGUAGGAUUUUUGCCCCCCAAAUGGCUUAUCCAAACAGCUUGUUGGUUGAAGAUUUCAGGGGCCACUGCUGAGUCUGGGUGGCUAUGCUCUGUGGGCAACUUCCAAUGUCAUCUAUCUUGCAAAAAAAACAAAAACAGGAAUUGCCCCAUGAGCCGUUCUGCUAACGUGCCAUGUUAUGUCAAAACCAGCUGGCCCAGGAAGCAAUGGAAGGCAACAAAGAUAACUGCUGCGAUUCACAACCUGGAGGAGGAGGAGGAAGUGUGCAAGAUGUGCUGUUGGCAGCCCGAAAAAAAGCCAUCCGUGGUCUCUCUGUGUGUGUCUGUGUGCUUUUUCUUUUGUCUUUCCUUAAUUCAUCCCACUAAACUCCAGUGACUAAUCUAAACUUGACUCUGAAGUGCUUUUCAUCUGGAAUCUGUCACUGUCUAGCACAGGCUUUUGCUGCCUUUGGGGGGGGGGGGGGGUCUAUUUCUUUAUCCAGAGCAGAGCAUGUAUUGUCCAAAGACAGUAGCAAAGGUGAGCGAGGAGGAACCAGGGACUCCGGUUCGCUUGCUCUCUCCCCUUCCCCCAUCACGUCCUACAGGAAAUACAAGCUCUGGCCUAGCUGUGGUGCAAAUCCUGGUUCACUCAUCCACUGUCGGAACAGCUGCCUUUAAUUUAUUUGUAACGUGUCAAAUUUAUUUAUGUGCAUUUUAAUUUUGUUUUUGUUUCUCAAUUUUUUGCACUAUAAUGGGGGGGAGUGGGCUGGGGAUAUGAGCAAUACAAGCCAGUGUGUAAAAUAAAUGGUUCUUUCUUGAA